AUGGAGGCUGAUGAGCAUGAGCACGACUCUACCUUUGGCGGCGAUAGAGCCUCCCUCGCCAGCUCAUCCACAACCCUCACGUCCUCAGUAACACGAUACCAAUUCGAACACGGCCGACGCUACCAUGCCUACAAAGCAGGCUCAUAUCACUUUCCCAACGACGAGAUGGAGUUGAACCGGAUGGACAUUGAGCAUCACAAUCAAAAGCUACAGCUAGAUGGCAAGUUACAUCUAUGUCCUCUCGAGGAUCCGAAAGAGGUAUUAGAUCUGGGCACGGGCACGGGAAUAUGGUGUAUAGACAUGGCGGAUGAGUAUCCCGAGUGUGAGGUGUUGGGCAUAGACCUUUCGCCUGUGCAACCGAACUGGGUGCCGCCGAACUGUAAAUUCGAUGUCGAUGACUUCGAGCAGGAAUGGACAUACGGCGACACCAGAUUCGACCUCAUCCACGGCCGAUUCCUCAUGGGCUCAGUCGCCUCCCACGCAGAUCUCUAUAAAAAGGUCUACAAUGCCCUCAAACCCGGUGCUUGGUUUGAAAUUGUUGAAAUGGAGUGUGGGACGUUCAGCGACGACGGCACGGUAGCUGCAGACUCACCGAGCAAUCAGUGGUGGGGUCAGUUGGAAGAGGCAUUCGAGAAGAUCGGGAAGCCCAUUCCAAAGAUCGAUGCUUUCCCUGAGCUGCUAGAGGACGCUGGAUUUACCAAUGUCAAGUCGAAAAUGGUGAAACGACCUGUGAAUGACUGGCCGAAGGAUCCCAGGAUGAAGGAAAUUGGGCGGUAUUCUUGUCUGAACUUUCUCGAGGGCCUGGAGGGAUUCACCAUGGCACCGUUCACGCGUGUUCUGGGCUGGUCGCCGCAAGAGGCCCAGAUACUGAUUGCCAAGGUCAGGAAAGAGACCGUCACGAGGAAAUAUCAUGGGUGGCAGAAAGGCGUCGUCUGCUAUGGGCAAAAGCCUCUAUCGUAA